AUGGCAAUGUUAGGUGGCUGCGGCGAAACGGGAAGUGGUGGCGGCAGCGGUGGCGGUGAAGGUAGUGGUGGUGAUGGUAAAGGGGAAGAGAUGACUCUGAAGAAGGGUCCUUGGACCACAGCAGAGGAUGCUGUUCUGAUAGAUUAUGUGACAAAACAUGGUGAAGGGAACUGGAACGCGGUCCAGAGGAACACAGGGCUGAAUAGAUGUGGGAAGAGUUGCAGGCUCAGAUGGGCUAACCAUUUGAGACCCAAUUUGAAGAAAGGUGCUUUCUCCCCUGAAGAAGAGAAACUCAUUGUUGACCUCCAUGCACAGUUUGGUAACAAAUGGGCAAGAAUGGCUGCUUUGUUACCCGGGAGAACAGACAAUGAAAUCAAGAACUAUUGGAACACAAGGAUCAAGAGGCGGCAGAGACAAGGUCUUCCUCUGUAUUCAGAUGACCAUGAUCGACCCACAACACCAACCACACCCACCACCCCUUCCUCAUGUGUCACCCCAACAGGAUCAUCACACCCCAACACCGCCACAAAGUUUGAAUUCUUCCAUCAGAACCACCACCAACACCACCACCACCACCACCACCAACAACAACAACAACAACAGCAACAUCAGCAACAAUAUCACUUCAACCACCACCACCCUCUAUCUCCAACCGCAUCCCACCACCACCACCACCAUUCUCCUCUAUCUUCACCCCUCCAACACAGAGCACCCUCCUAUUCCCCACACACUUUCUUAGACCCUGCACCUUCAGCAUUACCCUUAUCCUCCUCUGCACCUUCCCUUCACUCCUUCACCUUCCAGAGACCUGCACCAAUGCUCUGCACGCCGCUUCGCUUCAAGCGUUACCGCGCCUCUCCCGGCAGCUACAACAGCUUCCAGGUCCCUAAUUCGACCACACCUUGCUCCUCCUCCGCGCUCCAUGAUGUGACAACCAACCAUCUUGAUCAUGGCUUCAGGUUCCCUGUUCAUCAGCAAAACUCCUCUAAUUUUUCUCAGUUUUUUCAUACACCGUUGUUAGAGUCCGCGGCGGAUCGAGGGGUUUCUUCUUCUUCCCCUUCAGCUUUUCAACACAAGCUGGAGCUCCCUUCAAACCAAUUUUCAAGACCAUCUGAGCAGGAUCUUAAGCUUGAUAUUCAUGAGUUCAACAAUGAUCCUUCUUUGCAGAGUAGUAGUGGGUUGCUUGGGGAUAUUCUAUUGGAUGCUCAGGCUCUGGCUUCUGGCCAGAAUUCCAAGAAAAGAAGUAACUUGAGUUUGAAUGAAGGAAAUGAUUUAUUUGAUGGAUGCCAAAACCUUGAGGAUUUCCCACUUAGCUCUGCUUACUGGUCUUCCACUUCAGGACAAAAACCAAAGGAAGAAGCACCAGACCUGAGCAAAUUCACGAAUGAGGAUUUGUCAUCACUUCUUACUGUGACACCUUCUUCCACUAUGCAGCAGGGUCAAGAUUGGCAUAAUAACAGUGCACCAGAAGCCUCCAAUGUCCAAUCUUCUGGCGGUGUCAUGACAGAUGACAAUUUUGGACUUGAAAUCAAGCCCAUAGCUUCAUUGUUUCCUCUCUCCAACACAACAAGCCAUAAUGAAAACCAAGGUUACACUUGGGACAAUUUACCUGGUCUCUGCUAAGGUUGAUCCAGAUUGAAAUGGUUUGAAAAUUGUAUACCAAGAUAAUUUUGGGAGAUAUUGAUAUUGUUAUGUUUGAUGCAUAAUUGCAAAUGAUAUGUACUGUUGUUUGAAACCGCUCGACAAGCUAUCGUUCUUACUAUAUUGAAUGUAUACCCUAUAACUUA